AUGUCUUCCCACAAGGAUUGGUCGAUGUUCAAAAAGGGCUGGUCUUUCCAGAUUGGCUCUACUAGAGAAAACAUGGAGCCUAUUGACCCACUUCAAACAACACCAGAAUCUCAGCAGAAAGUCCAGACCAGCAAUAGUAGGGGAAAGCAGAUCAAGAGAGAUCAGGCCAGCAAAGAACGAGCAACACUCCAUCCCCACCCAGCAGUCAAGCUCUUUGGCCAAAUGUUGAUUGUUAAUGUCGAUUUCCAUCCAGAAAUUGGUCAGGAGUCCACACACGUUCCAACUCUGAUGGAAGUACUCCCGGAGUAUGACACCUUCACACGCUUUAUUCAUAUCAGAUUCCACGACGAGCUUUCAGAUAUAGACACUGACGAGGGUUAUCAACGCAGAGAGACCAUCCAGAGUAUCAUGUCUAUGUUAAACGAUUUCCAGGACAUCAAGCGUUUCACUGCCGUGAAGACAGGUCGACAAGCAUAA